AUGAAGCUGGCUGUAGAACACCUCGACGCGGCGGUGGAUAAGGGCGUGAGGAGGAUCGAGCUAGGUGGCAGGAACAUUCUGUCGUUACCUCAUGAUUGUUGUUAUAUUUACGCUGUGCGAAUCAUUUGGACGACCAACCGAGAGAGAGAGAGCAUGGAGAGCGCGGCGCAGACACUGGUAAGCAACGUUGGGCAGCUGCUGACUGAGGAAUACCGGCAGCUCCGCGGCGUCGGCAGCGAGGUCGCCGAGCUGCGCGACGAUCUGGCUACCAUGAACGCCCUCCUCCGCAUGCAGUCCGAGGCCGACGACGGCGCGGUGGACCACUUCGUGCGGGAGUGGAUGAAGCAGCUGCGCGAGCUCGCCUACGACUCGGAGGACUGCAUCGACCUCUACCUCCUCCGGAUCAGGUGCCGCCUGGGCGACGGCGUGCGCGCCAGGCUGAGGCACCAGCUCGCCACGCUGUUCCCGCGCCGCCGCCUCGCCGGUGACAUCGGCGCCCUCCGCGCCCGCGCCGUCGCCAUCAGCGAGCGCCACGCGCGGUACGGCGUCAGCCGCGACGCACUGCGCCGCUCCGCCUCCCCCGCGGUGCUGGAGGCGGCGCCCGCGUGGUCGUCGUCUUCGCAGUUGCUCCGCCAUGGCAACGGCGCAGCAGAGCACCAGCAGCAGGUCGUCGGCAUCGGGGACCAGGUCGACGACCUGGUCGAGCGGCUGGUUGGCACGGAGAGCAAGGUCAAGGUGCUGUCCAUCGUAGGGUUCGGCGGCGUCGGCAAGACCACGCUGGCCGUGGAGGUGUGCCGGAAGCUGGAGGCCGAUUUCCAGCGGCAGGCGAUGGUGUCAGUGUCUCAGGCGUUCGAGCCCAGCAGGGAUCUCAAGCUGCUGCUCAAGCGCGUAGUUGAGCAAGUCGUCAAGUCCAGAAUCGUUAACGAGGAAAACAUCAAGGAAGAGGGGGCCUUGGGUGAGAUCGACAGCUUGGAUGACAAUAAGCUGGCCCAAAAACUCGAGCACCUUCUCAUGGACAAGAGGUACCUGAUCGUGAUUGAUGAUGUUUGGACCAUCCGAGCUUGGGAGGCAAUACAAUCCAAGAUGCCAGAGAACAACUGCGGCAGCAGAGUCAUUGUUACCACUCGUAUUGAGAGUGUGGCCAAAGCAUGUAGCUCUUCUAGUGUUAGGGGGCAUUACAUCCAUCAUAUGAACCCACUCAAAAUCGAGGAUUCCAGGAAGUUAUUUCUGAGCAGGGCAUUUGGAUCCAGUGAUGCAUCUUACCCUGCUGAGCUCAAAGAUGUAAUGGACAUGAUCGUAAAGAAAUGUGGUGGGCUGCCAUUGGCCAUUGUUAGCAUUGCAAGUGUCUUGGCAGGGUAUAGGUCAUCAGGAUGCAAAGACAAGUGGGAAACAAUAUGCAAAUCAAUAGGUUAUCAGAUGGAGAGCAACCCUACUCUUGAGGGGAUGAGGCAAAUACUCACACUCAGCUACAACCACCUCCCUCAUGAGCUCAAGAGUUGCCUGAUGUACCUUAGCAUCUUCCCUGAGGAUUAUGUGAUCGACAAGUAUCGACUCUUGUGUAGAUGGAUUGCUGAAGGAUUGGUUGUGGAGAAGAGAGGGUUGACCCUGAUGGAGAUCGCAGAAUCCUAUUUCGAUGAGCUGGUGAGCAGGAACAUGAUUGAAUUACGUACUGGCUUCGGCUACUACUGGCAGGUGGAGUCGUGUCAAGUGCAUGACAUGUUGCUUGAGGUCAUGGUGUCCAAGUCCCUGGAGUGUAACUUUGUCAGCCUACUAGGAGGGCAAUAUGCGUCUAUGUCAUACGACAGGAUUCGUCGCCUCUCCCUCCAAGGGGACGACAACAGGAGGCCCCAAAGCUUAGAGCAGCACAAGGAAAAAAAAGGCAUCGAGGGGAUGGACGUGGAGCAUGUUCGAUCGUUGAGCAUGUUCCAACAUGGAGGGCAGAAGUUACUCGAUCACCUACACAAGUUCACCCUGUUGAGGGUACUUGACCUGGAAGGCUGUGAGGACCUAACAAACGAUCAUAUGAGAUAUGUUUGCAGGUUGUACCUACUCAGGUUCUUAAGCUUGAAAGGUACAAAUAUCAGCAAGAUUUCACCUCAAAUCGAGAAGCUAGAACAUCUUCAGACCAUUGAUCUACGUGACACAAAGGUUACAGGGCUAUCGGAAGCUGUGAAGAGAUUGUAUAAACUUGAGCGCAUACAAACCACCCAAACCUGGAAAGCAGAGUUUAUGUGGAGGUUGCCUCGAGGCCUCAAGAAGAUGAAGGCACUGCGUGAGGUGGGCUUCGCAGUCCUUGGAAACGAUGUUCAGGUUGCCCAAGAGGUCACCCAACUAGAGCAAAUUCAAGAGUUAAGUGUUUAUGUCGAAACUGAAUAUGCUGGCAGCGAUAAUGUCGUCAAAGAGUUUGCUAAGUCGUUGGGUAAGUUAUACUCCCUCCGGCGCCUCAUCAUAGGAGCCAUCGAUAUGGACAAGGAAGCCCUCAACUUUCUCCAUCAACUUCCUACGCCACCACGACUCCUCCGCUACCUUAUGAUCGCCGGUGGCAUGAUCGACAAAGGGUUGCCUACCUGGGUCGGAUCACUGACAUAUCUUGUUCAUUUCAACAUGUCGUGGGCAUACCUUGUGCGCGACCAGCUAUUUGGUGUCCUGUAUGAGUUGCCCAGCCUUAAGACAAUUGGCAUUCAGAAUAUGUGCUACACCGACAGUGAGCUGGUUGCACACAGUGAGCAUAGGUUUUCAGAGCUCACCAACUUGAGAGUGGCCUGCAGCUUUGAAACUUUCAAUACUAUGAGGUUUGAGAAAGGAUCCAUGCCAAUGCUGGAGACACUUUUAUUUAACUUCAGUAACAGGGACAGGAAAAUUGAAGGUUUUGAACACCUGAUCAGCCUCAAAGAGGUACACCUUUGUGGUCAAAAGAACAACCCUAGACUUGGUCAGGCAUUAGAGCAGCUCAAAGCUGAGAAUGCGAGGCGCCGCCUUGAGUCCCAAAAUCAGUUUCAAAUUGUAGUGACAUAUGACUGAUGAUUCUCUACUUUAUUUCUUUGUUUCUGUUUUCUCGAUAUGGAAUUUUUUCCCCUUGUUUAUGUCAUUAUUUCAUCUUUUAAUUUAGGUAAGUACU